AUGCCUCUUGUACUCUAGCGUAACGCAAUGAGUUCCAAAAUGGUGUCUUAUGGCGUAUCGCGAGCAUUACGUUCGGCGGUUUUUCCAGUCAAGGUUUUUAGCACUUAAAGCCUGAACAGGCUUCCAAACGUGUCGUAGAAAGGCAAAUAUCGUUUUUAGCUGUCGUAUUCACUGCAAAAAUGAUUAAAAUCGUAGCCGAUCGCACGGGAGAAUCAAAUCCAGAUGAUAAAAAAAUGGGCAAAAUGGAACGGCCUGAGAACAGAGCGCCAACCCAAGCGACUGACCGCAGCGGUGUGACAAGUGAGACUGUAGCAUCGAAGCCUGUGAAAGAACAGCAGGAGCCGUGCUUCCACCGUAGUGCCCUGCUACUUGCUCACCGCGGAGGAGUGCAUGGGAGGCCACGGAGCCUUGCACUUCCCCGAGAGCUGGCCAUCAAUGUGGUGGCCAAAAAUCCUCAGCAGCUGGGCACCCCUGGAAGCAGCAAGAGGGCGGGUCCUUCGAGGGCGUCCAUCUUGAAGCAGAAUCCAGCUCCCCUUAUUGUGGAUGAGAUAGAUGCUGCCGAGGAAACUGUGACGACAAGCUUCCCAGGUAAGGCUACAGGGAGCAGCAGGUCGGGACCACAGAUGUGCCCUGUCUGCAAAAAAAUAAUCAGCAGUGCCAGCAACUUGAGGCAGCACUACACCAUAUGCCACACAUCCUCAGAACGGCCCUUCCCAUGUGACAUGUGUCAAAAGCGUUUCAACACUGAGAGCAACCUCAGGCAGCACCGGCGAACACACACGGGUGAGCGCCCCUUCCCAUGCCCACAUUGUGACCGGUCUUUUGGCACAUCUACAAACCUGAGACAGCACGAAAGGACUCAUACGGGUGAACGGCCUUUUGCCUGCUCCGAGUGCCCUCGUGCCUUCCAAACAUCUAGUAAUCUCAGGCAGCACCUGCGGAUACAUACCGGUGAACGACCUUUCCCAUGUCCUGAGUGUGGCAAGCGUUUUGGGUCAUCCGCAAACCUCAGGCAGCAUCGCAAGACACAUGAUAAUCACCGGUUAGAACAGAACAGGCACGAGCUCCUCGUGAAGAUGUCUGCAUGUGACCAGCCUUCUUCAAAGAAGGGCAGUGAGGAGGACCCUGCAGAGAGUGAAGACGAGGCACCUCGGCCAGACACUGUCAUCCUGGUGGAGAUGGACGAGAGGGACGAGUCCUCGAAUGGCACUGAAAUGAUUGUGGGCUAUCAAAGUGUAGCCGAUGGAACUGGUAUGCCCGCGCAUGCUACGCGCGAGAUUCCACUCGCAUGCAAUUGCUAUUACAUCAGUCAAACUGCAAGAUGUAUCAGUGACUGCCUAUGUAAACAUGCAGCUCCACUAGCAAGAUCCCCCUACAGUCAUAUCACCACUGUCAGAGUGCUCUGGAGCAUGUCUGGCCAGCCAAGCCCACAGACCCUGCUGGCUCAGAUAUCGGCCAGCGUGCUAGUCAAGAAUGAAGGCCAAGAUGGUGAAGUGGUUCCUGGCGAAAUUCUGGUUCACGAAGUGGCACCUGAUGAUGUUAUGCCCAGUGAAGUGGUACCUGAUGAGGCCCUCGAAGUGGCUGCUGAGGUGAUGGAAGCCGCAUCAAGUGAACUGGAACCAACCGAUGCUGUCGAGACCAUCUUGGUGCCUGACGAGGAUGUGGAGGAAGUUGAAUUUCACGGAACGGUGGUGCAGGCAGUGGAAGAAGUGCAGCAGGUAGAAGACAUCACAGCGGAGGUGAUGGCUUCUGCGGGAGUGACUGUGGACAACACCGUCCUUUGCAAGGUGGAGCCUUGCGAGAAGAGCAGCGAGAUCUGGGUGCUUGGUGACAUCAUCACAGUGGACGAGCAGGCACACUGCAUCCUGGCCGAGCAUGUUGCAGCUGGUGCCAGCAGCACGGACACCGAGGCCCUGCUGGGGGGCCCCAAGCACGCGUGCGUCGACUGUGGCAAGGAGUUCACGACGGUGUUCCACCUCCGUCGGCACCGGCGCAUUCACACUGGCGAGCGGCCCUACCCGUGCAAGGUGUGCGGACAGUGCUUCCGGCACAGCACCUCGCUCAAGGUGCACAUGCGCCGGCACACUGGGGAGGAGCCCUUCCAGUGUACUGUCUGCUCAAAGACCUUCAAGGAUCCAGCCAACUUCAAGGUACAUCAAAACUCCCACUCCAAGGAGCGGCCCUAUGCGUGCCGCGUCUGUGAGAAGCGUUUCAACGCGGCCUCCACAUUGUAUGCUCACAUGAAGAUCCACACGGGAGAGCGGCCCUACGCGUGCACCAUCUGCAACCGCUCCUUCACGUUCAACAACACACUGGUGCGGCACAUUCGCACCCACACGGGUGAGAAGCCAUACAAGUGCGAACUUUGCCCACUGCGUUUUUCCACUGCUUCCAACUUGUCUUCGCAUCGCAAGAAGCACUCGCAGGAACGACAGUUUCACUGCGAGAUCUGCCCGCAGGAGUUUUCUACUGCAACGGCGCUGGCCUCCCACGUCAAGACCCACACGGGUGAGCAUGCCCACCAAUGUGAAGUGUGCUCCCGAGGAUUCGCCAAGUUUGCUGGCCUGCAAGCACACAUGCGCAAGCACACCGGAGAGCGGGCCUUCUACUGCUCCGAGUGUGGCAAGGGAUUCACGCGCAAGCUGCACCUCAAGCAACACGUGGCCUCUGAGCACGAGCCAGCGCGACCUGUGGCAACAUGUGAAGUGUGUCAGCGUGACUUUGUCAAUGUCGAGUCUCUCCAGGUGCACAUGAAGACGCACAAUGUGUCCAGGGGGACGAGUGCAAUUGUUGUCUACAUAAACAAAAAGUGAGCCGGUUUAGCUGGUUAACAAGUGCGACUGUUAAACAUUGUAGUUCUGUUGUGCCCUAUGGGAGUGAUUGCCUUUGACACUGAAUUGUGCAGCCUUUUCCAGAAUAAAUGUUAGCAGAGCAUGCCUGCUACAGGCAUGCUCUGGUUGCAUGCACA